AUGACAUCACAUUCGAACGUGCAACCCGCGGCAGCCACUGGGCCGGUCGUGGAGAAGAGGCCAUUCCUCAGCCCUGAGAUCACGUCGUACUUUAUCGCGGGAGGCGUCGCAGGUGCGGCCUCGCGGACAGUUGUCAGCCCGCUGGAGCGGCUGAAGAUCAUUCAGCAGGUGCAAUCGCAAGCGUCGGAGAGACAGUACAAGGGCGUAUGGGCGAGCCUUUUGCGGAUGUGGAGGGAGGAGGGGUUUAGAGGGUUCAUGCGCGGGAACGGGAUCAACUGUUUGCGCAUCGUACCGUACAGCGCUGUGCAGUUCACCACCUAUGAGCAGCUGAAGAAGUGGUUCACCGGCUAUGGAGCGAAACAAUUAGACACGCCAACACGCCUUCUGAGCGGGGGAUUAGCUGGUAUUAGCUCCGUUUGCGCAACAUACCCUUUAGACCUCGUUAGAUCUCGUCUCUCGAUCGCUACUGCAUCGAUACCGAUACCACAAUCGACACCAGCGAGCACUGCAUCGCAGCCAUCACUAUAUUCUGCCUACCACACCUCUGCGUCGCGGACAGCAGCGGCUGCAUUCAGUCACGCCGAACUCACGAUGUGGGGUAUGACCCUGAAGGUUAUGCGGGAGGAAGGCGGCGUGCGGGCGCUAUACCGGGGAAUAAUCACUACCGCAGUUGGUGUAGCGCCAUACGUAGGUAUCAACUUUGCCGCCUACGAGGCGUUGAGAGGCGUAAUUACUCCACCAGGGAAGAGCAGCGUAGUGCGAAAGCUGCUGUGCGGAGCGCUUGCAGGCUCGGUAUCGCAGUCGCUGACUUACCCGUUUGACGUGCUGCGACGGAAGAUGCAGGUGACAGGGAUGGGGGUCCUAGGGCGGACGCACAGUGGAGCGUUGGACGCGCUGCAGUAUAUUCUGCGGACGGAGGGCCUGCGGGGCUUAUACCGGGGGUUAUGGCCUAACUUGCUGAAAGUUGCGCCAAGCAUCGCGACGUCGUUCUUCACAUAUGAGCUAGUGAAGGAGUUCCUCGGUGCGGCGUGA